AAGUAUCCAGGGAUGAUGUCGGUGUCACACGCUGUCACAGCGGCGGGGGCGCGCUCCCGGCCGAGCGCGGCCCCGAGCGGAGCCGGAGCCGCGGGCGGCGCCGAUCCCGAUCCCGCCCCGCGCCGGCGCUGCCCCAGGGCCCGGGAAGGGCGGGCAGCGGGGCCGCCGGGAAGGGCCGCUCUCAGCGCCCCACAGAUGUGCUCCGGGCCCCGGGGAGCAGUUCUCAGGCAGUACCAGAUUAUCAAGAGUGAAGCUCCCCAGCGCUCCCCAGCAAUGGCAGGGAAAAAAGUCCUGAUAGUCUAUGCACAUCAAGAGCCCAAGUCCUUCAAUGGAUCUUUGCUGAAGAUUGCUGUGGAAGAGCUGACCAAGCAGGGCUGCAGCGUCACCGUGUCAGAUUUGUACGCCAUGCAGUUUGAGCCCAGAGCAACAAGGAAUGACAUUGUUGGUCACCUGCACAACCCAGAAGCCUUCAAUUAUGGUGUGGAAACCUGGGAAGCUUACAAGAGAGGAGGUUUGUCCAAAGACGUGGUUGAAGAGCAGAAGAAAGUGCAGCAAGCAGACCUGCUGAUUUUCCAGUUUCCCUUGUUUUGGUUCAACAUGCCUGCAAUCCUGAAGGGCUGGAUGGACAGAGUCUUGGUCCAAGGCUUUGCUUACGAUUUGUCAAAGGUUUAUGAUGGUGGUUUGCUCCAGGGCAAAUUAUCCCUGUUUUCUUUAACCACGGGAGCAAGCCAAGAGAUGUAUUCAAAAGAAGGUAUCAGUGGUGAUAUUCGCUAUGUCCUGUGGCCCAUGCAGCAUGGAAUCAUGCACUUCUGUGGUGUCAAAGUCCUUGAACCUCACAUCUGUUAUGCUCCAGAGAGUGUCUCUGAGGAGAAGAGGAAGGAGAUGCUGGCUGCCUGGACCCAGCGUCUGAAGACUCUUUGGAAGGAAGAACCCAUAGACUGCUCUCCUGAGUGGUAUUUCAAGUAGUGUUCAGGUGCAAGGCUACAGAGACAAGAUUUUCUUUUGCUCCAUUCUUUUUGAUGCUCUAUCUAAAUACCUGAACACUAAUCUCCUAAUUCAAAUACAUUUUAAGAAUCUUGAAUACUA